AUGGCCUCGCGCAAAAUUCAAGUCGGCCACCUCGACGUCCGCGUCACCGCUCAGCCCCUGACCCAGGCCGCCUUUGCGCCCUUUGGCGACGUCGUCGGCAACCCGCGCCCCGACGUGCUGCCCACCGCCUACUCUCACCACGCCGCCACGCUGCCCGCCAAUGCGGCCCCCGCGAACCAGGGCUUCGCGAUCCAGUACCGUCAGGCCAGCCGUCUCGCCAAUCUGUACUCGUCGGCGCCCAGCGGCGGGCCUGGCUCCCCCUUGCUCAGCGUCUUUGUCUGCGCCGCGCGCCCGCUCUCAUCAUCAUCAUCAUCAUCAUCAUCAUCAUCACGCCGUCACGCCGAGUUUGUCGUUUGCCACCUUGAGCGCCACCCCUUUACCACGCAGACGUUUACUCCCCUCGCGUCGUCGGCGUCGCUGUACCUUGUGAUUGUCGCGCCGAGUCUGCCGCCCAGCGAGGCCGACGCUGAUAUGCCCGUCGCCGAGGGGACGACGACGACGACGACGCCGGGCCGGGGGUUGCCGAAUCUCAAGGAACUGCGCGCGUUUGUGGGCACGCGCAGCCAGGCUGUGACGUAUGGCGCGGGGACGUGGCAUGCGCCAAUGGUGGUGCUAGGGCCGCCGGGGACGACGCUCGACUUUGUGGUUACGCAGUUUGCGAGUGGUGUCGCCGAGGAGGACUGCCAGUUGCUCGAGUUUGAGGCCAAGGGACGGCCGGAGCCGCAACUAAGAGUGCAGAUUCCUAUUCCAAACACAUCAACGAGGGAGAAUCUCUAA